CCCGUUCUCGCGGCCGGAAGGAUGUGCUCCCGGAAGUUCCGGUGCUGCCGCUGUGUGGGAUAAACAGUAAUGGCCGAGGCGGUGGCUCUGGGAACAACGGCCGACGCCGCGGCUGCUGAGGCACCGGGGACACUCGCCGCGGCGGACGUGGGAGCGACAGCCGCGACCUUUGACUUCGCGGGGGUGCCGCCGCCCAUCGUGGGGCUGGAAGGAGGCGGCUGGACCAAGCAGGUCACUUGCAGAUACUUCAUGCAUGGAGUCUGCAAGGAAGGAGACAACUGCCGCUACUCCCAUGACCUCUCCACUGGUCAGUCUGCCAUGGUGUGCAGGUAUUAUCAGCGAGGAUGCUGUGCUUAUGGAGAUCUCUGCAGAUAUGAACAUACCAAGCCACUGAAAGAGGAGGAAGAAGAGACUGAUGUGGAUCCAGAUGAAAAAAUUUAUCCCUCAGUAUCCUCAGACUAUGCAUCACUCCCUGAAACAGUUGAAGAAAUACUUGCUGAGAUAGAAGAUGAAAGUGCAGAUCUGGCAGCUGCAGGAGUAGGUGCUGAAGACUGGGUGAAUGCUGUAGAAUUUGUCCCUGGGCAGCCAUACUGUGGACGUGCUUGCCUUCUGUCUCUUGACCUGUGCGCAUCUGAGAAGAAUCUGGCCCUGUGGGAUUUUGGUGCCACUCCUUCCUGCGCUGAAGCACCCUUGCAGGAAUUGGUGAUUGAGGAGGAGUAUGAAAAGCAGCAUGAAGAUGUGGAGAUAAAGAAGGAGCUGUGCCCCUACGCUGCAGUAGGAGAAUGUCGUUAUGGAGAAAACUGUGUGUAUAUCCAUGGGGAUGUGUGUGAUAUGUGUGGCCUGCAGGUCCUGCAUCCAGUUGAUGCUGCGCAGAGAUCCGAGCACAUAAAGUCUUGCAUUGAAGCUCAUGAGAAGGACAUGGAGCUUUCCUUUGCCGUCCAGCGUAGUAAAGACAUGGUGUGCGGGAUAUGCAUGGAGGUGGUGUAUGAGAAAGCUAAUCCCAGUGAGCGCCGCUUUGGGAUCCUCUCCAACUGCAGCCAUGCUUACUGUCUGAAGUGCAUCCGCAAGUGGAGGAGUGCUAAGCAAUUUGAGAGCAAGAUUAUAAAGUCCUGCCCAGAAUGUCGAAUCACAUCUAACUUUGUCAUUCCAAGUGAGUACUGGGUGGAGGAGAAGGAAGAGAAGCAGAAACUCAUUCAGAAAUACAAGGAGGCAAUGAGCAACAAGCCAUGCAGGUAUUUUGAUGAAGGCCGUGGGAGCUGUCCUUUUGGAGGGAACUGUUUUUACAAGCAUGCAUACCCUGAUGGCCGCCGAGAGGAGCCACAGAGACCCAAAGUGGGAACGUCAAGUAGAUUCCGGGCCCAGCGGAGGAAUCGCUUCUGGGAGUUCAUUGAGGAGCGAGAGAACGGUGAUCCGUUUGAGACCGAUGAGGAUGAGGUGGUGACCUUUGAGCUUGGUGAGAUGUUGCUUAUGCUGUUGGCAGCAGGAGGCGAUGAUGAGCUAACAGAUUCCGAGGACGAGUGGGACUUGUUUCAUGAUGAGCUGGAAGAUUAUUACGAUUUGGAUCUAUAGCACCUGUCAGCGGAGUGUGGACUGUUGUCUUGGCUUCAGGCAGUAGCUAUUACCUGUGGUGUUGUGGCAGUGCCUGUGUUUCUCCUAGGCAGGCCGAUCAAUUCCAGGUGCUGUUGUAAUAACUUUUACCCAGGGUCUGUCUCUUCCCAUCCCCUCCCACCCCAGGAGUGUUGUUUUUCCUCUGUUUAAACAAAUAACAAGAAAUAAAUCUUUAAAAUGUUAGUUUUUGUAAAAAUGAAUUUAACUGUCAAACAGUUAGCUUAGGUUUGUUGCUUCAUAUGUGUACCCAACAGAGUUCACCCAGUUCCAGGGUUAAAGUGUUUACAGGACUUCCACACUCAUUUUGAAGAGCCCAGAUACAAAAAUGAGCAGUGGCCAUGCAGUGGGGAUGUAAAUUGGCUGAUGGCCGUUUUUCUGUCUCUGUACCGAUAUUUCUGACUUGAGGCCAGACAAAAAUUCUCUUUAUGGCAUCAGUGCCAUUCCGGCCCACUCAUGUACACGUCUUCAUUUGUGAUUUUGGUCUCUUGUUUACUUGCACAUUACUAUUACUACUGUGUAACCAGAACCAGGUGUGAACGUUCUGGGUUUUUACUGUGUUUAGCAUGAAAGGAAAAUGUCGUUGUGAAAGGAGAACUCUCUAUGUGUAUAUACAGAUAACUGUAGAGUUGGACCUCAAGGAUGGGGAGACUCUGUGUAAGUUAAAAGUAACAAAACCAUCUUUCAUCCCUUCUUGGUGCAUGAAGUCUAGCCUCCAGUUGGAUAUGAAACUGGUUUAGUGGUCUCAGCCCAGAAUGUGGCAGUGAUCUUAACUAUCACUUAACUUAAUAGAUGGCACUCCCUAAUACACCAACUCCCUUUCAUGUGUAUGAUUAGGGUUGUCCAGGAGCAGAAAUCCGGUUAGCCAAGGUGGGCUCAAAGGAACACCAGAGAUGCCCCUUUAGCUUUAUUGCUAUGUAAGUUUUAGAACCUGAUGUAACCACCUAAGCCCUGAGCUUCGCUAGGAAAUCGCUGUGCCUCUCGCAUCUGAGUUGGGCAGGUUGCCUGGGAAAGCUCUUCAGUUUAUGUGAGUUGCUGCUUACAAAGGCAGUCAUGCAGUUUCUGGCUGUAAUUUGCAUUAAGAAAUUAUUUUGCCACCAAAGCCCCGGCACAGGAAUUUUAACCUUGCAUUACAUUAUCUCUGUUUUUUAUUGACUUGUGGAUGCCCCGUGAUCUGUUUUCCUGCUGCUCUUGUCCCCUAGACUGCCUCUCCUUUCACUUUUAAAUGGAAUGAGAAAUUGUUCUGAGGUCUAUAACGUAUUGUUUUGCAGCUGCCUUUUGUAAGAAGCACUUUUCCCAAAUAAAAAAAAAAAAAAGGAAAAA